AUGUCUGCAACAAUGAUAAGUGAUCCAAUGAUGAUAUCAACUUCAGCACCAGAAACUCAAUCAACAGCAUACAUAGAAAGAAUCAGAGAAAGGUAUCAAGGAAAAUGGGUUUGUGGAUUAUGCGGCGAAGCUGUUAAAGAUGAAAUUGUAAGGUCAGAGAGACUUGUAAGCACAGAAGAAGCAAUGGUAAAACACAUGAACUUUUGCAAAAAGUUCAAUACUUCAGGUCCUCCUCCAAAUCCAGCUGUUCAUUUGAUUUCAGCUAUGAGACAGAUUCUUAGGAGGAGUUUGGUUAGGUCCACGCCAAAUAGUCCGGUUAAUAAGAGUAGUAGAGAAAUUCAUGGAUCCGGACUCGCUAGGUCGGAAAGCUGCUUCUCUACUCUAUCCGGUUCCUGA